AUGCGUUCCCAUGAUAUGAGCUUCUUUCUAGCGAGUUUUUUUUUGGCAAGCCUGGCCAAAUCAAAAGCUGCGUGUUUUUUGGAUGCAAUUGCGGAGUCUGCAUUGAAGGACUUGGUGAAUCUGGAAAAGGGUGAGUCCUAUCCCAUUGGACUUUGGAUCGUCGCAGACUACUCUGCAGCCCAUUUAACUUCCAGAGUCGUUCAGAUCAUGAUACAGGAAAAACUUGGGUACAAAGUGGCUUUGAAGGGUCCUGGAGGUCUCUCACAGGAUGCAUUGUUUGCGCUGAGCGGUUGCACCACACCCAAAGAUGCAAAUGACCGUGGUUGCGGGUCUGCCACAACAUAUGCUCAUGUUAGUGUUGAAGUAUGGACAGCAGGGUACCUCGAUGCCUUGAAGUGGAUUCAAGAGCAAUACCCACAGAUGGCGCCGAAAAAUCUGGGUAAUAUUGGAUAUGAUGGCGAGAGCGGACUGUUUGUUCCAUCAGCAGUGCAGUCGAAGGCCUAUGAGGCUGAAGGCAUAAACUUAGAUUUUUAUCGUGACUACAACGUUUCGUGGCACAUGCCAGGGAGAUAUUUUACCAAUCCUGAUGACCUUGAUGUAUCGACCUUGUUGCCUUGUAUUUCCACAUCCCUCAUGACACCAGAAACCAUGAAAACAUACCUGGAUCUCACUGGUGACUUGGAGGGGGUUGAGAUUCGAGAGAGCAGUGCUGCCGGUGCUGCCGGUGCUGUGAUCGGCAGAUGCUUUGACAACUACUUCUGGUACUCACCAGCAUGCAGAAGCGAACCUUCUGCUUGUGUUUCCUGUCUUACGGGCGGCACCGGAUGGGCGGUGCAUGAAAUCAUGGGGAAAGCAACUGCACACAACAUGCCUGUAGCCAUAGCGGUGGCCAGCUCUUUCCAAAACUAUGCCAAUGUGCCGAAAUCGCUGGAUCUGAUGCUGUACUGGUGGGUCCCAGAUCCAACUUUUCUCAGGUUGAAACCAGUUCAGAUCACUUUUCCGCGCUAUGACCCGGAUGGAAUUGCCAAGGGUGACCUCUCAUCAGCAGCUACAGCUGUUUCAAUUGACAAAUAUGUCAGCCAAGACUUGAGUCUGUUAGCGCCAGAUGUGGUGGAGCUACUCGAUCGAUUGACUUUGACUUUGAAGAAUUUGGAUGAGAUGAUGCUGGACCAAGACUAG